GUUUUGUCAAGGAAAAGCAGAUUUUAAAUUAAUAAAAAGGUUAUAAAAUGGGAAAGAAAAACAGCAAAAUUCCGGCUGAAGUUUUAGCAAACUUGCAAGGUUGUACAGCUUUUAACGACGAAGAGUUAUCAAAAUGGUACAAAGGUUUUAUGAAGGAUUGUCCACGAGGUAAAAUGACAAAGAACGAGUUUGAAAGCAUCUAUAAAAACUUUUUUAAAGAAGGAGAUGCCUCUAAAUUUGCUAGUCAUGUUUUCAGAACAUUUGAUAAAGACGGAGAUCAAACAAUCGACUUUUACGAGUUUAUGUGUGGUUUAUCAAUAACAUGUCACGGAAGUCGAGAAGAUAAAUUAAGAUGGGCUUUUAACAUGUAUGAUAUCAAUAAAUCUGGAACAAUAACAGAGGACGAACUUUAUGAGAUCAUAAAAUCAAUAUAUAGUAUGAUGGCAGAUGAUGCGAAAAUGAACGAAGACGAAGAAGAUCUUCCUGAAAGACUCUCGGAAAGGUUAUUUUUACAAAUGGAUGAAGAUGGUGAUGGAGAAAUUACUAUAGAUGAGUUUAUUGGUGCAGCUAAAAACGAUGCUACAAUUUUGAAAUUACUUCAGCAACAAUAUUGACAUAUUUUUAAAAUAAAAAGCUAAAUUGGGAGUCAAAACUACGACUAUUGUGAUUUUGUUGCUGUUUUUGUUAUUCUAAAUGUUGUUACUAUUAUCUUUGUUUCUAAUGUUAUAAAAUUUUUAUAGUCACUGUC